CUCCCACCUUCCCCUAAAACAUCGGACAGCCACACAGUCAUGUCCAACCUGUCCCUUUCAGAUUCAGAGCUUUCGUCGCUCUCCUCAGCACCUCCGUCUGAUGAGGAGACGGGAUCCAUGGCCGUGGAUGAGCCAGUGGGCAUCACCAAGUACUUCAAGAAGGAGUCCGAGUCUCCGCCGCCGAAACGGGAGCCCUCACCACCUCACGAAUAUGUUCUAGCAGACAACCCUGAUAUUGCAUUCAUUGUAAUGUUCCGCGCGCGUUUCCAUGAUGUAUUUCCGCGGUCGACACCACACUUUGGUCCACAGGAUAUCGAAAGAGGCGUCGCCGACAGCACCCCCGGCGAUCAUAUUGAACGGUUACUCUGUGCAUUGCUAGGCUUGGUAUUGAACAGGAAGAAAGACGUGGAUCGCAAUCACUACACUCGUCCUCUUGAGGAGGCGAUUCAAACUCAUGCCUCUCAAUGGCCUAGGGCUUGGCAAGGCAAGAACCCACUUCACGGGGGCAACACCUUCACAACCAUGAAACCAGAAGAACGCUUGCACCUCCUCAAAUCGCUGAUCGUAUGGUCCCUGUCCUCCUCCGAUGCCGUUCAAGCCAAGAUAAAAGAGUCCUACAAGCAAGCGCGUCAUGAGGAUGAUCUCAAUCAGCCACUCUCCGUUCAACCGUGGGGUCGCGACGGCCUGAAACGUCGAUACUGGCUUAUUGAGGGGUUAGAUGACACGCACUUUAGACUGUAUCGCGAGAGCAACCCGGCAUUGAAAACCAAUACUUGGUGGAGCGUGGCGGGAAGCAUCCCGGAGCUGAAGGUCAUCGCGGACAAACUUGACGAAGAGAGGAGCAUUCAUUCCAAGAAGUUGAGCGAGAGGAUCCGAAACUCAAUCCCUCGGUUCGAAGGAUCAGAGGAGAAACGCAAACGUCGCGACUAUCGGAUUGCCCGGAAGGCGCAAUUCGCUCGCCCAGAACCGGGUUUCUCCCUUUAUGAAGGCCGUACUCGUGGGAAGAAGUUGAAGUACACCUAUUCCGACGACGAAGACAUCUUCUCCGACGGCCUCCCAUCGACGCGACGUUCGACCCGCAAUACCUCUGGGGUCUCUACUCCUGUGGAUCCGGCGGGUCCACGUUACACAGCCAGCGGCCGACAAAUACGAUCUCGAGCAGGCGGUCUUUACGGCGAGUCCUUGCUCGCUGGACAACGUGACGACGGCCCAGCCGACGACGAGGGCAGGCCCACGAGAUCGAGGGCCAACCGGGCCAAUGGCUAUACUGACUACGAUAUGGAUGAUGAGAUGGGUGAAGGCUCGGAUGGGGCGCAAUCGAGCGGCAAUGAAUGGCAAGGCGGCGAGGAGGAAGAGGACAAUGAUUUCGAAGGCGAUGACGAAGAGGAAGCGAGUGGCGACGAGGAGGUUGUGAACGGUGAGCCACCCAGCCUGGUGGUGCAGCUCAGAUAUAACAAGGACAAAGGAAAGGAGACAAGCGGCUCGAAUGAGGUGCGAUCAGAGGAACAGCCUGGAAUCACGCAUGAAGGCGUGACUGAAUUGUCCGGCAAACCCGAGGACUUGCCGCAAGAGCAGCCACUGCCCCAAGACGCUAAGCAGGAGGAUACGAAGUCUGAGCCUCGCCCUGAAGCAGAAGCUAAGGUCGCUACGACCAGUCCGUCUGCUGCCCCUGCGCAUCCCAGCACUGGGACCCACACCAACACUCUUGCGCCUGAGGCCUCAGUCCAAGACACGAGGUGAACUAUUCAAAUCAACAGCACCUUCAAUGAUAAGAGAGUUAUCCAGUGGCUCUUGUAGCGGCUAUCGUAGCGGCUAUCGUGGCGGCUAUUGUUAGCACAUAACCAUUUAUCCUCCCAUUGACAACAUUAUUUGUGAAAGCGUUUCCUUUGGUCUACUUUCAACUGUACGAGACCAAACACGGGAUCUAUCUUAUUGUUCGGCGUUUCUGAAGAGAUAUGGAAGGCGGUCGUCUAUUGGGGUAAUAGCAUUGUCAAUAUGAGUGAUACGGGCGGACGAAGAUCUUACACUAUCUAUAAGAUUAUUCCUACCAG